UUGAAAUUUUUGUUGUUGUUUUGAUAAAAAAAUUCGCGGCAUUUUAUUCUCGCUGUUUUUUCUUCUUCUAUUUUAUCGAUUAAUUGUUUAUUAAUUAAAAUUAGUUCAAAAAUGCCUGAAAGAAAUGAGGAAGCAACCGAUCCAGAUGAAGAGUUGUUCGAUGAACCCGGAGGAUAUUAUCUGGACGAUAUUUACAUUCCUCCACCACCACCUUUGCCUAGCUAUCGCGGUGAUGAAACUGGUACUAGAUUGAUAAUCACGCAUAUCGAAAAUGUUAAUUUUAAGUCAUAUGCAGGAUUACAAGUUUUGGGACCUUUUCAUAAAAGUUUUACAGCCAUUGUUGGUCCUAAUGGAAGUGGUAAAUCGAAUGUCAUUGAUUCUAUGUUGUUUGUGUUCGGAUUUCGAGCAACCAAACUGCGUCUGAAGAAAUUGAGUUCUCUCAUUCACAAGAGUGAUACCUAUCCUGACUUUGAUUUUUGUUCGGUUAUUGUUCAUUUCACUUUAAUUGAAGAUACGGAAGGAGAAGAGUUCACUAUCGUCGAAGGAUCUCAAUUCACUGUUAGUCGGACUGUUCACAAAAAUAAUAACUCUUACUACAAGAUCAGUGAUAAAGUUGUCCAGUUUAAAGAUGUUUCUCAGCGACUUCAAUCUUAUGGAAUUGAUUUGAGAUACAAUAGAUUUUUAAUUUUACAAGGAGAAGUUGAACAGAUAGCUUUAAUGAAGCCUAAAGCCGAAAGUGAAAACGAUACUGGAAUGUUAGAGUUUCUUGAAGAUAUUAUUGGAAGUAACCGAUUGAAGACUCCGAUUUCUCAACUUCAAGUUAAGUUGGAAGCUAAAAACGAAAUUCGUGCUGAAAAGAUGAACCGUGUUAGAACCAUCCAAAAGGAGAAAGACAGUUUAGAGAAAGCUAAAAACGAAGCAGUCGCUUAUUUAGAGAUCGAAAAUAAUUUGACUCUCGAAAGAAAUAAACAAUUUCAGCUGUGCAAAGCGGAAGCAAUAGCCAACAUGAGUGAUGUAGUAGAAGAAUACGAACGAGCUAAAAGCAUAUUUCAAGAAAUUCAAGAUAAAGCUGAAGAGUUAAAGAAGAAACGUGUCGAAUUGGAAGAAGGUAUGAAAAAACUCAGCGAGGAACUUACUUCAGCUACUAAACAAGCUGAAGAAUAUAACGAAGCUUACAAAGCAAUUGAAAGAAAAGAUGUUCAACUUCGGGACAAGAUCAAACACACGAAAACCAAAAGCAAACGUUUGGUGACUGAUAUUGAAAAAGAAAGACAGCAUUUAGAAGAGUUACAAGCAUUACCAGAAAGAGUUGCUCAAGAAGUUGAACAGUUGGAACAAGAGAAAGCUGAAUUAGAAAUGCAAAAAAUUAAAGCUGGUGAGCAACUUUCAGCAGCCAUGGAGUUGGUUAAAACCGAGACUAAAGCCUCACAGGAAUCCAAAGAUAAAUAUGAAAAAGAAUUACUCGAUCUACAAGCGGGACUCAAUGAAGCAAGAUCCAAUCUUGAAUUGGCUCAAUCAGAACUUGAUCUUUAUUUAAGCAGAGAGAAAACUGAAAAGGCCAAAUUAGAUCAACUUCAAAUGAAAUAUGAAAGAAAUGAAAAUGACGUUAAAGAAAAGGAAAAAGCGUUGAAAGAAUUUGAGAGUAAAGUUCCUGACUUGGAGAAAAAACUUUCAACACUGGAAAGAGAAAUGGCAAAGAUUGAAGAAGAAAAAACAAGGAUUGAAGAAAAUUUGCAAAGGAAAUCUCAAAAGUUAGAAGAAGUUAGACAUACAUUAACUUCAUCGACAUCAAGAAGUAGAGUUCUAAAUGCUUUGAUGGAACAGAAAAGAAACGGAUCUCUGCACGGUGUUUAUGGUAGACUUGGUGAUCUCGGUGCGAUUGACAAGAAAUAUGACAUUGCCAUCUCAACUGCCUGUGGGCCUUUAGAUAAUAUUGUUACUGACACCAUGGAAAAUGCUAUCAAAUGUUCCGAGUUUUUGAAAGCUAAUAAUAUUGGUACAGCAACUUUCAUUGCUUUAGAUAAGAUGGAUCGUUUCUCCAACUUUGAAGAGAUCGAUACACCUGAGAAUGUGCCAAGACUUUUUGAUCUAAUCCAAGUGAAAGACAACGCUGUGUUACCUGCUUUCUAUUAUGCAAUAAGAGAUACUCUUGUCGCCAAUGAUUUAACGCAGGCAACUAGAAUAGGUCUUCGUGGUUCUCAACGAUGGAGAGUAGUAACGAUCAAUGGUGAGCUAGUUGAAGCCUCUGGAGCAAUGACUGGUGGUGGUCGACCCUUGAAAGGUCGUAUGGGAAGUUCAAUUGCGGACUCUGAAUACAGUGAAGAUGAUUUAUCUGCCAUGGAAGAUGAGGUUCGCUCUCUUGAGGAGCAGUUUCACCAACUGAGAAGCAAAAAGGAUCUUAUUCAAGCUGAUUUCAAUAAAUCGAAAGAUCAGUUGGAUGGUAUCAAAAAGAAUAGACCUAAAUAUGAAAUGGAUUUACAAAUGGCUGCUAAUUCACAACAAGAACUGGCAAAAGUAAUCAAAGAGCUAGAAGGAGUCGUUGAAUCUGUCGCAUCUGAUCCUAGAGAGGUUAAAAAGAUGGAAAGUAAAGUCGAAAAAUUGUCCAAGAUUUUUGAUGAAAAAGAAAAGCAAUGUUCUGUUAUCAAGGAAAAAGUUACCGAGAUUGACAAAGCUAUGAAGAAGCUCAUUGAUGAAAAAGUUGGAACAGCACGGAAAAAAGCUGACUCGCUCGAUAAAAAAAUUAAUGAUCUAGUCAAUUCAAUAACAAAAGCCAACGUCUCCCUGAAAAUGAAUACCCGCAACGUUGAAAAGUGCGAAGAAAAGAUAAAAAAUCUUGAACAAGAAAUAGAAAACUCGAAAACACUUAUUGAAGAAUCAAAAAAGGAAAUGUCUGAAUUAGAAGCACAAGCAACUGAAGCUGUCGAAAAAUAUAAAGUUGCUUUAGAUACUAAAGAACAGUGUGAACAAAAAUACAAAGAACAAGCAGAAAAUGUUUCAUCAAUUAAAACUAAAGAAGGAAAAUUAAAGUCGGAAAACUUGGAUGCCAAAAAUGAACUUGAUGCCCAUGAAAAAGCAGUUAAGGAGAGACAAAGUGCAGUAGAUCAUUGGCAAGCUAAAAUUAAUGAACUUAAAAUCAAUGAAAUCGAAGGCAAAACGUCAAUUGAACAAUUACCGAUUUUAAGUGAUGAAGAAUUGUCUGAAUUGAAUAUAAGAGGUCUUGAAAAAGAAAUUGAAACAAUUAAGAAAACAUUGGCUGGAAUGAAACCAAAUAUGGCUUCUAUAGCUGAAUUCAAAAAGAAAGAAGCCAUUUGGUGUGAACGAGUUAAGGAAUUGACUGAAGUUACUGCACAAAGAGAUGAAAUUCGAGCCAAAAUGGAUCAAUUGAAAGCCAAACGCUUUGAAGAAUUCAAAGACGGUUUCGUGAUUAUUGCCAGAAAAUUGAAAGAAAUUUAUCGAGCUUUAACUUCUGGAGGUGAUGCUGGUCUUGAAUGGAUGGACUCAUUGGAUCCAUUUUCAGAAGGAAUCAAUUUUACAGUUAGACCCAAUAAGAAAACUUGGAAACGAAUGGCCAAUCUUUCCGGUGGAGAAAAAACACUUUCCUCAUUGGCCUUAAUUUUCGCUGUUCACCAUUUCAAACCAUCUCCGUUGUACGUUAUGGAUGAAAUUGAUGCUGCAUUAGAUUUUAAAAAUGUUUCCUUGGUUGGUAACUUUGUUAAACAAAGAACUCGUAAUACCCAAUUCUUAAUCAUCUCCCUUCGUUACAAUAUGUACGAACUUGCCGAUCGACUGGUGGGAAUUUAUAAAACACAUAAUGCCACUAAAUCAGUUACUAUCAAUCCGGACAAAAUUGAAUCUGUUAUAGUUACUUUGGAUUUUCUAUUGAGACCAGCUAGAAUACAACAAAAAUUUACAACCUCUAAAGCAAUCAUGAAAGCUAUUGUUAGUUUGGAAGAAUGCCUCAAAGAUUCUCCUCAUUUCAGGUCAAUCUUAAACAAAAAUGAAGAUGACAUUCGCAAAUUGGAGGAAAAGCUUGUUAAGGUCAUCAAAUCAUGCCAUGAUAUGAUAGAUGCGGCUGAGGUUUUCAAACGAUCCGAAGGGGUAUUCAUCAAUGGGUUGUUUGAUUUAACCGUCUAUUUCAAAGAUGAUGCACCAGUUUACAAUACACUUUCUGAGAUAAAUGACACCAUGAAAAAAUUACUUCACUACCAAAGCAUGCUAGUCGAACAAAUGGAUCGUGCUGUCUCCAAAAAAUUAUCCGAUUUUGUUGAUAAAAAAAUACUCGAGGUUAAAAAGACCAAGCGCCAUUUUGAUAAAAUUUCAGAAUCAUAUGAUGAAGCUUUAAUCAAAAACUCACAAAUACCCAAAAGUAAACCAGCUGAAUGUGAAGAUGUUCGUAAUCUUCUGACUGCAACACGAGGCUGUUUUCAACAUACUACACUUGAUUACAUUAGACAAAUAAGUUGUCUCCAAUCUCAAAAACGUUACGAAGUUCUUGACUCGUUAAUUCUCAUGGUUCAAGCAUAUGGGACAUAUUUUCAUCAAGGCGCCGACCUUUUGAAAGAUUUUGACGUGAAAACUGUUGUGACUUCGAUCGAAAAAAUGAAAGAAGAAACGCAUACACUUCAACGGGAAUUAGAACACAACCAUUCCGUCGUCAACAAAAUGGAUAAUGUUUCAAACCUUUCUAAUGGAGACUCAACAAGGCCACAAGGUUAUUUAUUCAAAAGAACGACAAAUGCGUUCAAAACAUGGAAUCGUCGUUGGUUCAUCAUAGAGGAUAAUAAACUAAAGUAUAAGAAAAAAAGCGAAAAAGAUUACUCAACAAUGGAAGAAGAUCUAAGACUUUGUAAUGUCAAACCAGUAUUCGACUGUGAUCGUCGAUUUUGCUUUGAAAUUGUUUCACCGACCAGAUAUCACAUACUGCAAGCCGAUUCAGAAGAAGCAUGUCGACUUUGGGUUGCUUCCCUUCAAGCUGGUAUAGAUGCUGCUUAUAAUGGACCCAACUCAAAUGAUAAUUUGGAAACUAGUGAUUCUAUUGACUCAAGUGAUACAAGUUUGAGCUCACACUCUUUAAGAUCCACAGGGAAUUCAUCUCAAAAUAAUUCAGGACCACCAAAACCACCUCGCGUUCAUCUGAUUAUCACCGGUCUUCCUGGUAAUGAGAUUUGUGCCGAUUGUCAAUCAUCAGACCCCAAAUGGGCAAGCGUUAAUUUAGGAAUAACUUUGUGCAUUGAAUGUUCUGGUGUACAUCGAUCUCUGGGUGUUCAUAUCUCCAAGGUUAAAUCUCUAAUUUUAGAUGCAUGGGAUGCUGAACAGAUCAAAUUGAUGUUGUCUCUGGGUAACACAGUAGUUAACUCUUUCUACGAGGAAAAAAUUGACGAAACUAUUGCUGUUCGACCUAACUCAUCAUCAAAUGCUAGUGAAAGAGAGCUUUGGAUAAAAGCCAAAUAUGUGAAGAAAGAUUUUAUUCUCAAAUCUCUUGAAUCUCAAGAAAAUCUCAAUGAAAAAGAUACCAAUCAAGAAAGCAACGAAUUAAGUGAACUUUAUUGCACGAUUAAAGAUACAGAAGAACAAUUGACCAAUGCUGCAGGAAUUGAUAAUGAUUCUGUCACAAUUGCAUCCAAUCUAUCACUCAAGUACAAAAAUUACUUUAAUUUAAUGCUUUACUCAGCAGCUCGUGAGGCAAAUGCUCAAUUAAUGUGUAAAGCCAUUUGUAAAGGUGGUUUAGUUAAUUGGUCUAAUAAUAAUGAUGAAGGUAUGUCACCUUUACACCAAUCUGUUCUCAGUGGCUCGGUGCCCUGUUGUGAAUAUCUUUUACUCAAUGGAGCCAAAUGUAACAUUCAAGAUAAUCUGGGAAGAUCUCCUCUUCAUCUAGCAACAGAAAAAAGUGAUACUGGCAUUGUGUGUCUUUUAUUAAAAAGAGGAGCUGAUCAAACUUUAAUUGAUAGAGAAGGUCGAGAUGCUUUGUCCAUAGCUGUUAAUAAUGCCAAUGCUGAUAUUGUUACUUUAUUAAGAUUGGCCAAAUUAAACGAAGAGAUGAGAAAUGACGAGUAUAGUCCAGCCAGUGAGGAUAUUUUCAAUGAAGUCGUUAGAGAUUUUUCCCACAAAGCUUCAAAUGAUUAUGAAAAACUUAAAAGACCUAACGAUUGAUGAACAAUUAACUCGAUUAAUCAGCAUGUUUUAAAUCUUUUACCAUCGAGUGAUAUUUUCAAAUUCAACUUCAGACAGAUUUGAAGGUAUCAAACAACUUGAUUUUGCAUCUUCAAAAUUGACUGUGAUCAUAUUUUUCCAUAUAUAUUUUAUUCAUCAAUCCAUCUCAUUGGAAACACAAGCAGCAUAUUCAUGUUUUUUUUUUGAAAAGCAAAAUCUAUUAUUUACACCUUAGCUUUCAAAACAAUUAUCUCAAAUAUACAACAGAAUGAUCCUGUUAAUAUGAAAAAGCAAGUUAUCGACUGAACUUGGGGCAAGUUUCUUACAUCUAUUAUAUACUUUUAUUAAUUGUUUAAAUUUUAGAUCUGCUAAAACAAAAGUGAUUAAAAGGAAUCAAGCUUGGAAAACAUCCUCAUCAUAAUCUGUAAAUUAAUCAAUUUAUGAGUCAUCGAUUCAAGUUACAUCUCUCAUUUUUUACACAUAAAUGGAUGAAUUUCAAUUGCUCAGAGAAAGUAUUUUUAAAUGAAAUUAAGUGUCUAUUAACAUGUUAAAUUGCUAUAUUUAACAAACGCCAUACUCAUAAUAAAAAAGGGGAAUUCAAGUAUUACCAAAGGAAUAAUGAUAAUUCUUAUUCCUCAACAUUUAUACAGAAAGCAAAUAAAUUAUCUAAUGUAUUAACUUUUCUCGCCCAUGUUGAUCACUGAAUAUUAUUAAAUUAACUUUUCCACAAA